AUGAAGGUGUCUGUCGAAGUGGGUGGACAGAGCAUGGAGAUCCCAUGCGGACAAGGAGGGCAGAAUGUUCGCUGGCUGGCCCUGGCAGCAUCGCAGAGGCUCCAGCUGAUGCAGCCCAAAGGACGUCAAAGGAUGAGGGAAGCGGGGGACGCACGGCGAGGGUUUGCGCUUCCGAAAGCCGUGCUCGUGAAGGGGGGCGGCAGUCUAGACGAUCCGUACUCGACGAUUGGCGACGUGCUGGAAGACGGGGCGGAAGUGGAGGUGGUCUUGAUGGAUGCGGUGGAAGUGGACGAUGUCGGUGCUCCCGUGGCUAGCGAGUGGUUCCUCAAGGCCUUCGGCUCUGGGGAGGCUACGAAGAGAAGGCUUAACGGCAUCCAUGCGCGCGAGGAGCACGAAGCCAAGCUGGCAAGCGACGAGGCCGCAGGGAUCGGUUCGCGCGGCAUCAUGUUGGGCGGUUUCGACGUUACCGUCGACGGGGUCGCCAUUUCGGGGCCCCUGGAAACCCCGGGCGAGAUCCGCGCAGCCACGGAGCACGACUGGCGGUCGGCAGAUAUCGGCGGUCUUGUGAACGACCCGAAGGAAGCUUUGGCUGCCAUGAGGCUCCUGCAGAGUCACCUGCCGGCUCUCAACCAAGUGCACGCGUCACUCAGCGGAGGGAGGAUGCCCGGGGGAUCGUCUCCAGCGAUGUCGUUGCAAGACUUCGCACACGGCUUGCACCGGUACGGCAUCAUGCCGUACGUCCGCGAUGCACAGGCGGGGGAGGCAAAGGGUGACGAGAGCAGGGAUCCCCCGGACCCCGUGAGGGCAGUAUUCCGCGACGCCAAGAGGGGACAUUGGCCCGGGGACGUCACGGUACUUUCUAGGGCGCAGUUCCUGGCUGCUUUGGUGCUGAUCGCACGCGGAAAAGGGGGCGGGACGGUGGAGUCCAUGAGGGAGAUCGUGGAAGAGGUCCUGCUUCCUACGCACACAUUGACCAUGAGCGAUGAGGUCGGCGUGGAAAUCACUAGGCCGGAGGUGCAGCGAUAUAUUUCCGACAACCGACGCCUGCUGCACUCGGUGUACUUGCUCUACGCCGAGGCUUCCGAGGGCGGAGCUCUCAUCACCUUAGGCCACUUUAGAGAGCUAAUGGAUGACUGCGGUGUGAUGUCCGCCAUGACAGCUACCACCAGCGGCAGGGCCAAGUUCGACUUCCAGGCGGAGACUUGCUUUCUCGAGGUGCAAGGCAAGCCCCCUCUCCCGUCCUUGGUCUUCACCGAGUGCAUCGAGGCGGCAUGCAGGUUUGACGCCCAAGACUGGUAG